AUGAAUUUACGUCUUUAUCUAAGCGAGUUGGAAGAAGGAUUCGAGUUUGAGAAAGCAGUGUGUAACCAUGGGUUCUUCAUGAUGGCUCCAAACGUGUGGAACCCGAUAAGAAAGACAUUAAGUCGACCGUUAACCCUUGCGAAUUCCUCUUCGGUCAUGGUGACCAUUUCUCAUCCUCCCAUUCACCCUUUUAUUAUAAUCGAUGUACACGGCAUCAACAAUGUCAGGGAAGCCGAUGAAAAACUCAUCUUCCAACAAGUGAGGAGGAUGCUGAGAUUCACGUCCAAGGAGGAACGUGACGUGACCAAGUUUCAUCAACUCCACGAGGCCGCAAAGGAGAGUGGUUUCGGUCGAAUUUUCCGCUCUCCAUCUCUCUUUGAGGAUAUGGUCAAAUCUAUUUUGUUGUGUAAUUCUACUUGGGAGAGGACACUACUUAUGGCCUCUCGCCUCUACGCAAUGCAGUCAAUGCUAGCCGACCGUAAAACUAGGUCUAAAAAGAGGAAACGGGACCAGGAACCUAAGAAAGAAGCAUGUGGAAACUUUCCAAGUGCUAAGGAAAUAGCUAGCCUUGACAAAGAGUUCAUCAAUGAGCACUGUAAACUUGGAUAUAGAGCAAAGUGGAUAAUUGAAUUGGCCACGAAGGUUGAACGCAAAUCAUUGAAUCUUGAAGAGAUGGAAAAGGGAGAGAUGGAACCGGAACAGAUGCAUGGAAAGGAGGAGUGUUCGAAGGUGACGAUAGUGAAAGAAGCACAACUAUUCUACAACAGAUACUCUUCAUUCCAGUCCUUAGCCUACUGGUUUGAUUUGAUCCAAAACUAUGAAGCAAAACAUGGGAAGCUUAGUGAGCUGAGUCGGAGUGACUACAACAGGGUUGGCGGAUGCAGUUACAUGAAUCAGCUCAAGGCAGACUAA